AUGAAAUUCCAAUCUUUGUCGUGCCUAUUGGCACUGUCCAGCUUUGUGGCUGCCUCGUCUAACACCAAUGCCGGUCUUCUUUCCAACGAUAAGAUCUCUCUCGGUGACUGGCAAGCCGCCUACGAAAAGGCCACCAAAUUCGUCUCCAAGCUGAACACAACCCAGAAGCUCGAGCUUAUCACCGGUAGCAGCGUCAACACCACCGAUGGCGACUCCUUCACUGCUUUAGAAUUUCUUGAUGGAUCCAUGGGUGUGCAGGACUACUACUAUGUCUCAGCUUUCAGUCAGACAUCCGCUUUAGGCAUGACCUGGGACAAGGACGCCAUGUAUGCGCAGGCUAAGGCUGUUGCUACUGAGGCAUACCUCAAGGGUAUCCAGGUUAUUGCUGGUCCUACUUCUCAGCCCCUGGGCAGGACUCCUUGGGGGGGUCGUCUGGUUGAGACCUUUGGUUCGGAUCCUUACCUCAACGGUAUUGCGACUGGAUUGAGUACCAAGGCGUACUCUGACACUGGUGUCAUUGCUGGUGCUAAGCACUUCAUUCUCAACGAGCAGGAGACCAACAGGACAAGCUCCGGUGGAGGUGGCGGAGGAGGAGGUGGCGGCGGAGGUAUGGGAAGUCCCCCUGGAUCUUCUUCGUUUUCCAAUUCAUCCAUCCCGAGUAGUAUGAGCUCUGCAGCAGCUCAGCCCUCAUCUUCCUCUAGCUCAUCUGGUAGUAUGGGUGGCAGCGACGGAAGCAGCCAGUCGUCCUCUUCCUCCAGCGCUCCGUACUCCUCAAAUGCCGACUCGAAGACCCUCCACGAGACCUAUCUGUGGUCUUUCUACGAUGCAGUGCACUCUGGACUUGGUGGUAUGAUGUGUGCCAUGACCAAAGUCAACAAGACAUAUUCAUGCGAGUCAUCGAGCCUUCUCAUGGAUCUCCUGAAGACCGAAAUGGGAUACCCCGGUCUCGUCUGGCCCGAUGCCAAUGCCCAACAGGACGCUCUUGCCAGUGCCACCAACGGCCUGGACUACGGUUCUUCUAGCUUGUGGAGUACCUCCACCAUGGAGGGCUACCUCAAGAACCAUAACCUCACCGAAGCCCGCCUGGACGACAUGGCUGUUCGCAACCUGAUGGGCUACUACAAGGUCAACCUAGAUAACGGGACUCAGCCUUCCUAUGUCGACACAGGUGCUUACGUUGAUGUCCGCGGCAACCAUGCCAGGCUGAUUCGUUCUAACGGCGCAAAGUCCAUGGUUCUCCUCAAGAACGAGAACAACACCCUACCACUGAGCAAGCCUCACAAGAUGGCUAUCUUUGGAUCUAACGCUCGUGCUGCCAUCGCUGGUCCUAACAUGGAAUUCAGCGUUCAGGGCUCCGGUCCUACUUAUGAUGGUCAUCUGGCUACUGACUCCGGCUCCGGACAGGCCUCUCUCCCCUACCUCAUCACCCCCGAGAUGGCAUUGACUAUGAAGGCAAGCCAGGAUGGUACCGUGCUGCGCUGGGUUGCAAAUGAUACCUACUCGACCUCCAGCGGCUCGGGCUUGGUCAUGAAGGGAUCUGAAACUACUUCUGUCACACCUUCUAUUGAGAAUUAUGCCGAGAAUAUGGAUGUCUGCCUUGUGUUCAUCAAUGCCCUUGCUGGUGAGGGUGCUGACCGCAUUGAGUUGUACAACACCGACCAAGACGUUCUGAUCAACGAGGUCGCAGAUAACUGUGACAAUACCGUGGUUGUGAUCAACACCGUUGGUGCCAGACUCGUUGACAACUGGAUUGAGCACGACAACGUCACCGCCGUCCUGUACGGUAGUCUUCUCGGCCAGGAGUCCGGAAACUCAAUCGUGGAUGUCCUCUACGGUGAUGUCAACCCCAGCGGACGUCUGAUCUACACCAUCGCCAAGAACGAAUCUGACUACAACGUUGACAUCUGCUACACCGCGCAGUGCAACUUCACCGAGGGAAAUUUCAUUGACUACCGUUACUUUGACGCUUACAAUGUCACCCCUCGCUACGAGUUCGGCUACGGUCUUUCCUACACCCAGUUCUCCUACUCGAAUCUGAAGAUCGAUGGUCCCUCCGCUCUCUCUCUCUACCCCACUGGUCAGCUUGCUGUUGGUGGUUUCGAGGAUCUCUGGGACAAUAUCGCUAAGGCUAGCGUGACUGUUCGCAACACCGGCUCUGUUGAUGGUGCUGAGGUUCCCCAGCUCUACAUUUCUUACCCCAAAUCUGCGCGCCAGCCUCUGCGUCAACUUCGUGGGUUUGAGAAGGUUGAGAUCAAAAGGGGAGGAGAGUCUGAUGUGAAGUUCCAGCUCCGUCGUCGUGAUAUCUCCUACUGGGAUGUUAAGGCCCAGAAGUGGGCUGUUGCCCCUGGAACUUACUACGUUUAUGUUGGUGCAAGUUCGAGAGAUCUGAGACAGCGUGGGAGCUUCACUGUUCAGACCAAGGCUUAA